AGUAAACUAACAAGAGAAAACACGUGCACGACAUAUCAUACUUUGACUCUAGCAGGACAUGACCAUGGACUGGCUUUACUUCAUUCUGCUGUUUCUUAUAUUUCGUCUUUGUUUAUUGGUUGAAGGACAAAACUGUUUCGGAGGUAUUGAGUCCUACGAAAAGAGCACGAACCUCGCAUUUGCCAGUCAUGUCCGAUCGAACACAAUACUGGAACGCCAAGGCCAGUCUCUCACUAGAGACUGUAUCAACUUAUGUAAACAAGAAGCCCAGUGUUAUUCGUUUGCUUUGGAUUAUCCUGAGUUUCGGUGUUUCUCCUACAGUGUAAAUUCUAUCGGACGGAGAGAUCUACUUGUGGAUCAACCAAGGACUAAUUUCUUUGAAAAGAUAUGCAUCCGCGGAGUGGACAGGUCAACCUAUGACAGUCUUUGUGGAGAUCAACUCUGGACUUUUGAGAGAGUCAAAGAAGCUUUCCUGGACGGUUAUGUAGACCGUGAAGUUAGAAAUGUUCAGAAUAAAGAAGAAUGUGAAAAACUGUGCCUAAUGGAAAUGUCUUUUACUUGCCGUUCGGCUGACUACGAUGAAAUUCAGCGCUUAUGCCGAAUGAGCAGGGAAGAUCGACGAUCACAGCCGCAGGCUUUCCGACAAGUACCCGGAAGUAGCCGAGACUAUAUUGAGAAUCUAUGCAUCAGUUCAACCCCGACAACUUGUAAGUAUCAACAACGUCCAGAUCGGUCAGUGAUAUCCACGGAUUUUCUCAACUGA